CACAUAUACACGCAAGCAGACGCACGCACACACUCACAGUACAGAGGGCAGAGACAAGUUGGGAGCUGCUCAGCGCACGAAUAUUUCCCCAUACCCAGGAACAGUAGCUAUGUCGAAUGAGAUGCAUGUCCCUCUUCUCUUGGAUGAAUUGGACACAGUUGAUGCAGUGCAUGUGACUCCAGCUUCUUCCACUGUGGCUAUACUGGGUUCCGGUGACUUCUCACGCUCCUUGGCUAUGCGCCUGGUGGCAUGUGGGUUUGGUGUGGUGGUGGGGAGUCGCUGUGUGAGGCGCAUCUCUCCUGGCCUGUUUCUGGAUGCGGUGGAGCUGAACAGUCAAGAAGCGGCAGUAGCCAAAGCUAAGAGUCUAGUCUUCAUGGCCCUGUUCCCUGAGUACUAUCCAUCCCUGCUGGGCCUCAGGUCAGCACUGGCUGGAAAGAUUCUCGUGGACGUGAGUAAUGCUGUGGCGAUGAACAGCAAGCGACCAUCUAAUGCAGAGCAGCUUGCAGAGAUGUUCCCAGACAGUGUGGUUGUUAAAGGCUUUAACACAAUUUCUGCCUGGUCUCUGCAGACUGGUGCACAGGAUGGUAACAAGCAGGUGCUGCUGUGCAGUGACAGUGCAGAAGCAAAGCAUGAAGUGGGCAAGCUCGCCCGGCGCAUGGGCUUCUACCCAGUAGAUGUUGGUGGCCUAUGCUGUGCACAGAAUCUUGAAAGAAAGCCCUUGCAUCUCUUCCCGUCAUGGCGAGGCCCUGUCCUCACCACCUUCCUGCUCUUCUUUUUCUUCUACUGCUAUGGAUUUAUCCGUGGGAUUCUUCUGCCAUACUUAGCCUAUGGAUACAACUCCUUUUACAGGCUAGUCCUUGACCUAGUGAACGAAAGCCUGCCAUGCGUGGCGCUGGUCAGUCUGGCACUAGUGUACCUGCCGGGGCUGUUUGCAGCAUGGCUGCAGCUGUGGAGAGGCACCAAGUACCAGCGUUUUCCCCGCUGGCUGGAUGCCUGGCUGCUGCGGAGGAAACAGCUUGGCUUACUGAGUUUCCUGUGUGCUGCUCUGCAUGGAGUGUACAGCCUCUGCCUUCCACUCCGUACCAUCACGCGACGUAGGCUCAUCAACGCUGCUUUCUCACAGGUGAAGUCAGGUGUGGAGAUGCCAUGGGAUGAACAGGAUGUAUGGCGCACUGAGCUCUAUGUGUCCAGUGGAGUGUUAGGUCUGGGCAUCCUCUCCCUGUUGGCUAUCACAUCUCUACCCUCAGUGGGCAACAUCCUCACAUGGAGGGAGUUCACCUUUAUUCAGUCUGGACUAGGAUACGCUGCUUUGACUCUCUCUGUCAUGCACACAUUGGUGUUAGGCUGGAAUUUUGCCUUCUCCCCCCAGUCCUAUGCUUUCUACAUGCCACCCAGCUACAUGCUUGCUGUGGCUCUCCCAUGUGCUGUGCUGGUGUGCCGCUGUUUCCUGCUGCUGCCAUGUGUCUCCGCCAAGUUAGCACGCAUACGCCGGGGCUGGGAAAGCACACGCAAAUGCCCUGUGUCACAGCACCACCGAGUGCAGGCGAACAGGACAGUUCCACAGGUCUAGGUGGGACAGUCAGGUGACAUUGAUGAUGCAGUUACUGGUUAAUAACAUUAAUACAUACAGCAUUAAUUAGCACUUACACAAGGUUAACACUGUAGACGUUUUAAAGACUCUGUAGUCUUAUGGGCUGCAACCAGAAUAGUGGCUGUCGUGUUCUCUAGUUUUAUUGCAGGAGUAAACAGCACACGAAAACACCUGUAGACACACUUACUAGCCUAUUUAUUAUUAUUUAUUUAUUCUCUUCCCCACAACCCCCCCCCCCUAUAUAGUUUCACUAUAUAGAUUAUCCCACAUCUCCUCUUUUAACAAAGAGAAAACAAUGAGAAACAUAGCAUUUACAUCUUACUCUUAGUAGACAUCGCUUAGAACACAACUCAGCAAUGAGCGAUAAACAAUAUCUUUCGUGCAGAUGAAUGUUACCUGAAAACUGUUCAUUUCAGAGUAUGAAAAAGUUAUGGAAAACACAUUACCAACAGUUACACAAUGCCACCAUAACAGCAACAGUUUCCCUUUUUUCUUUUUGUUACUUUCAACCAGGGGUAAACUGCCUGACUACUGUGAAAACUGUCCUCUAAGGCUACAGAAGACUGACUAUAAAUCCAGUCUUUUAGGUGUCACGACUUGCCUCCCAGAUCUGGUUCUAGUUACUGGUCCUUUUGGACUGACAGAAUAUGUUUACAUAGAUUAUCCCACAGUGGCAUUACUUUUUUAAAUUUUUUUUUAUCAACAAUUAAGGGGGAUGAGAAGAACCAGCAAUGGCCUUUCUCAAGCUUUUAGAGUCAUACACAAUCCUGCAACCUAUUAAUGGGCUUUGAACUAGCAAUUGUGUGAUAUGCCAGUAUAAUAACAAGCAAUCUUUUAUAUAAGGUACCAUUUUACCAUUAUGCUGUGACAGUCCAAUAAUAAUAAAAAUGCACUAUUUUAAAAGUGCUAGUGAACUUUUUGAAAUAUUUUUUAACGGACAUACCAGGUGCAAACAAGAUAAAACAGUAUUUCUGCAGUGUUUAGAUACAUUUUGGAAGAUGCGUUCAUCUUAACCCCCCCCCCCCCCCCUCCCCCCAGCUAAUAAAAAACAAUUUGUAGUUUCCUCAACAAUUCAGUAACUGCCACUAAAGUAUUGCUUUAUGAAAUAACAUCCACUUGGAAAUCGCCACAUUGUAAGUAGACACAGAUUGCUGUUCUCAUUUUUUUUUUGUUUUUUUUUAAAUAUAUAGCUUUACACCCAUAUUAGCAGCCACUGUCAGCCAUUCCACUCGGCCAAUAUCCUGUCAUCAAAAUCUUACCUUUAUUGACCCACAGUAAACAUUUUACCACUAAGGUUAUACCAUAAUCAGUACUUGCUAAUGACUUCCAACAAUUCCCAUGCUAAGCUAGUUGCUAUUCAUUCUCAAACAUUAUUACAGCAGUUAAAAGUCUCCUUAUCUAGUGAAAGUUUACCUUGAUGGUUAUACGAAAGGAAAUGUGUUGUAUAGCCCCUAAAAUGAGCCAAACACAAUUCCAACCUCUAGUCAUGCUUACUGAGAUAAGAUAGGCUUUAAAGUGAAGUGUCUAAAGGACUUAUCAUUUGCAUUUUAAUUUUGGUUGCCACUACAGAAAAAUGGCAAUGCAAAUACACAUUCUGCAACUGAAUUUGAAUUACAUCUCAAAUUAUACACCCUCAUCAGGGAAAUGCAAUUACAAAUACAUUUGAUAUUUACAUUUUCUAAUCAGCAUUGGAAUUUGAAGAAAGUCCAGAAAAUGAUACUUUUGAACUGGUUCAUUUGUGUAAAUGUAGUUAUUAUUGUAUCUCUUAUUUUUUAUUAUUAACAUUUUGCAGAUUCUGCAAGGUGUAUGUAAACUUAUGACAUCAAUCAUGUUCUCAGGUGUGAAUAACUGAAUUAGCCCAUUUGUAAGAUACCAAAUCUGGCAUGUCACUUUAUCAUGGUUUUGUUAAGCAAAGAACAGGGCCCAGAUAUUCACUGAAAUUCAUCUUCUACAAAAAAUUUGUGUGCACUAGAAUGCAUCAAACACUAUGAUAUACACUUUGGCACUGGACCUUUCAAAACUUGUGAUUAUUACUCUAUUGGAAAAACAGACAAAAAUUAGUUUUAAUGAGAUUCAUUUAAUAAACACAAUUUCAGUCAUAUGCACCACUGUCAUAAGAAAUUAAAAGAAAACAGGUGGUAUUAAAACUUGAAACAUUAUAAUGCAUGUAACCCCAUCAUUUUUUUAUACUGGUAAAUACUGUUAAUGUACUUGUCAAUGUAUACAUUUCUGUGAAAUUGUGAAAGCUAUACAAAAAAACUCUCCUCUAUUAAAUUUGUUAUAGAACCUUAAAUCAUGUCUGUCUAUUAAACUUAUGGAACCUUAAAUUAUGUCUGUCUGAAAAUAAAGUCUGCUGACAAAGUGAACUUUUUAAACUGGCUUGAAGAAACUGGAGUGAAAUUAAAACACCAUUUUUGGUCCGGCUGAUCCUGGAAAAAUGUAAGCGCAGGUAGAUGUGAAGCCGUUCUGGAUGUUGCACUGCUUCCCCUAAAUAAAAACACAUCAGAAUUCCCUUACACAUGCCACUUUACUGGGUCUCACCACACAGUCUGGGGAUUGGCCUUAUACUUUUCAUAGUCACUCAUCUUGAAGAAGGCCAGCUCUGUUUCAUUGGCUGGAAGAAGAACAGAGACAGAGACAGCACAGUGAGACCAAAUGGGAUAUACACAAAAAACUUCACACAACUGUGUCCAAAAAUGGUAUGCCUUAAUUGCAGGUUUACAACACUGAUAAAUAAUGAUGUACAGUGAGGUCACAUGAUAAGCACACAUGGUGACAUUCCAGUGAAAUGAUGAUCCACAUUUUGCAUGUGGUAAACUAAAGGAUUAGAGACAAUGAGCUAUAAUGUCAGAUCACAUAUGUUCUUAAUCUUAGUUAACAUUACUAACUUAGAUAUUAACAAACUAACUUAGAUAUUAUAAUAGAGCUGCACAAUAUUAACUAUAUAGCACACUGGGAUUAUAUUGCUAGACAGGUGAUUUGCCUUGCAAUAUAUUAAAGCAAACUGCUGGACCUGAUGUGCCACAAUUAAAGACUGAACUGCAUUAGACCAUAAUUAGCUGUUCUGCACCAUUGUUUAUUCUAUCACUCACAGAAAGCUUAUCUGGAAUCUCAGUGUUUUGAUAAAAGCAAAUAAGCAAUACAUUUUAGCCCUAUAUUUUAGAUUGCAGUAAAAUAAGAGGAGAAAGUGUGUGACAGCAGUAUGGGAGAAGAGGACAUUUACCUAUACCACAUGCUCGUAAAUCGAGCCCAUUUUGUAGAAUCAGCUUUUCAUCAUCCUCUAAACUCAUCACCAGUUCAUUAGUCUGAAAUCAGAAAUGUCACAUUGCAUUAUUCUUCAGCACAUUUAAACACUGGGGAGGUUAUUAUUUAAAAUUUUAAAAUUUAUAUGGCAUCGUGUUUAUCAUCUGGUUGGUUGUUAACUAGUCUCUGCUAUAACUCAGUGUUACUAUGGUAUAGCUGUAUUGCAUUCUGGAAAUUUGAGUCCAUUGUUUGCUCUUUCUCCACUACUUCUACACUGAUUUUCUCAUUAACAGUGAACGUCUCUGGGAAAUGGUGAGUGAGAAAAGAUCUUUUGUGAAAUCUGACUCUUGAAAUACCAUUAUACAGUCCAUACAGGAUUUAGUUUUUUUUGUGAUUGUUGCAGCCAGAAAUGCUUGAUUUUGCUGCAGAUCUUUUUUUUUUUAAAUUUGCAAGCCAAGUUGCUGAGUUUUUUUGUGGAAAUUUACUUGAGUUGGUGAAAUUGAAAUAGCAUCAAAUUGUUUUGCACGGUCUUUACAGUGACGUUUGUUGUUAGAUGAGACCUUUUAGCUUUACUCAUGCUUGAUGCACUUGAAUCAAAGAGGGCUUUGGCUGAAUGCAUAUUGUGAUGAUGUCGAAUGACGUGUCUUGGCCCAAAUCUGUAGUUAUUUUGAAGAAUUGCAAGCUCCUCUAAAUAUAGAUGCUAGAUUUUGUGCUAAUAUCUGCGAUCGCAAAAUUAUGAAAUCCUGGAAGGACUGAUUAUAACUGCACUAGCAAUGUCCCCUUGUGACACCAGCACAACACACAACAGCACAACACAAAACAAAUACAGCAACAACCAACCAUUUAACACCAGAAUCGGUAUGAACAUCAUAAUAAACAUCAAUAUAAACUAAUUUCACUUGUUUCAGGGUGGAGUUUUACUUGUGAUCUGAGUCAAGCGCCGUACCUUUGCUCCAUGUGCUUUAUGAAUUAUCUUCAUGGUGUCUGUAAACAUGAGAGGGGUUUGUCAGUGUUGUGAACAUAUAUAUUUAUCACAUCAACCUUCCCUGCUGGGGAAAAACAAAAAAACACUAGAAACCCUCAUAGAAUUUGUAGUGGUUGUAAUGGUUAUAAUGGAAAUUGUAUUGUUUUAAUGGAAACUCUAAUGGUCCCUGUAGGUCUCUACUGGUAAUUUGUUACCUUCUGCUGGUGGAAUAUUAUGUCUAGUGGAUACCAUUAAGGACUAAUAAUGGUCAUGAUAAUGGUUUCAAUGGUUAUCUGAUGGUUUGUAAUGGUAUUUGUAGUGGAAACCAUUAGAAUUUCUGUGAUGGUUUCUAGGCUAUUGAUCCCCCCAGCAGGUUUUGCAGUGUUAACUUACCAUAGUCAUGUUUCUUAAAAGGUGGGGGCAAACCAGCUCUGGUAGAAACGUCUAGAUACAAAAGACGUAAAUGGUUUAUAAGUUAAGCAAUUUACAUAAAAGACUUGUAGCGGAAAAGCCACCAUAACUCAAUAAUUUGUAGAGACAUGCAUGACACAGUUUACCUUUCUUUACAAAAGCAAUAAACUCCUCGACUUUCUGAUCUACAUUCACACCUCGGAACACCACUGGCUUGAAGUUUCGAUGUUCAAAAGAGCGAACCAGGCGCACAGUGAGAAUAGUUUCCGAUGACAUGACUGUCAAAACGAGCUCUCAAGCUAAAAAGCUUGUCGUGCAAACUAAGCUACUAUGCUACUGUUUGCUAAAGUUAAGUCACUCGCGGCUUCAGCCUUUACUUAAGAGG